AUGCAUUUAACGGAGCUAUAUCCCAUAUCAACAUCAUGUAUCCAACUGACAUCCAUCUUUUUGCAAUUUAAAUACAACAAAACCAGUAAAACAAUCCAAGGGGUAUCAUAUGACUACAUACUACUACAAUUUCUAGCUCACUUAACAUCAAUAAUAGGUAUAUUCAGCUUCCGUUCGUCAACAAUUAAAUCUCAGUAUAGGAUACGAUGGUCACUGGAAGUGUGCACUAUACCGCCUCUUAUACCUUUAAUAGAGUUACUCACACUCAUUGCUUCAACAGGUAUACUAGCACAACUAGUUAUUUAUAAAUCUACGCGAGGUUCAAAUCAGGGUAUCAGUCGAUACUGUCAAGGUUUCAUAGUCACGAUAUUGCUUCCAUUUUUGUAUUUGAUAAAACUAUGGACUUUCAAACAAGCCAAGAUCAAUGAGCUAGACCUAGCUGAUUAUGUUUGGGCAAUGUACAAGUUGUUUGUUAAUUUACAAUAUUGCCCACAAGUCAUGGUCAAUUGGAUGGACGAUAAAGUGAAUGGGCUACAUCCAUAUUGGUUACACUUGCAACUUGGUUACGCCGUGUUAGAGCUAACAGAUAGAGUUGUUAAUGGAGCUGUAUGGGCUGAUGUAUCAAUUUUAUUCCCUAAUUUGCCUUUGAUACUCAUAAAGGACAUAUCGUUAGGGAUACUUGGUUUACAAUAUUACAUUUAUCGAGAGAAGCUGUCAGAAGUUCAUUAUAAAGAAGUAUGA